AUGGACGACAAGCCUUCCUUGGCGCCGAAGCCCAAAACCAAGGCCGCCGUGGCGGCGGCUGCCGCGCCAGCGCCGGCAAGGACGACGCCGGCACUGAAGAAGCCACCCCUCGCGCCCCCGCCGCAGAUGAUCCCGCUAAAACCGCCGCCGGCGCACCAUUACAGACAGCAGCGCGGCGGAGGGGCGCCGCGGAAGAGGCAUCGCAGCGGCAGCGGGUGCUCCGGCCGCCGCGUGUGCUGCCUCGCAACCGGGUUCCUCCUGCUCGCGCUCUGCCUCGCGGUCGCCGCGGCCUGCCUGGCGUACCUCUGCUACCACCCGCGGCCGCCGUCGUUCCACCUGCAACCGGUCUCGACGACGCGGUUCCGCGUCGGCAACUCCUCCGCGGUGUCGGCCAUGGACGUCACGGCGGCCGUGAAGGUGGUGUCCUGGAACCCGAACGACAAGAUCGCCUUCGAGUACGGCGACGGCGAGGGCCGCGUCUACCUAGCCGACAGUGACGGGGACAUCACGCUGGGGUGGGCGCCCGUGGAAGGCUUGGAGCACGGUGCCCGGAAGGUGGCGGUCGUCAGGUUUGUGGCGACCGCGAAGGGGGUGGUGGUCGACGAGGCGGUGGCGGCGCGCGUGCGCGACAGGUACCGGCGGCGGCGGCUCGCGUUCAAGGUGGUCGUGGACACCCACAUGGGCGUCCGGGUCGGGGCCGUGCGCACCGGCAUGGUGCCCGUGAGGCUGUCCUGCGACGACGGCGUCAUGGCGCCGCGCGGCGUCUCCGCCGGGAGCCCAAUGAGCAGGUGCCAGGUGUACCUCCUCAGAAUGACAUGGCUUGAACUGAAGGCACAUCCGGCGAAGGAUAUUUGCUGCUAG